GUAAUAAAGAACACCAUGAAUUUAUUAUCCCCAGAAAAUUUCCAACACAUUAUCCGUAUUUACAAUACCAACGUAGAUGGUCGUCGUAAGGUUAUGUACGCCUUAAUGUGCGUUAAAGGUGUUGGUAAAAGAUUUGCUGAUUUAGUCUGCAAAAAAGCUGAUGUCGAUACCUCAAAAAGAGCUGGUGAACUCAGUAAAGACGAAGUCGAAAGACUUACCACCAUUAUGAACCACCCAAGACAAUACAACAUCCCAACCUGGUUCCUCAAUAGACAAAAGGAUAUUAAAGAUGGUAAAUACUCACAAUGUCUUGCCAAUCAAAUUGAUGUCAAAUUCAGAGAAGAUUUAGAACGUCUCAAGAAAAUCAGAGCUCAUCGUGGUAUUAGACAUCACUUCGGUCUCCGUGUUAGAGGUCAAAAGACCAAGACCACUGGUAGACGUGGUAGAACUGUUGGUGUUGCAAAGAAGAGAAACCCAUAAAAAUUUUAAUAAUAAAUCUAAUUUUAUUUUAAUUAAAAAAAAAAAACAAUUAAGCGAACG